CUUCCUGUUUUGGAACAGGAGAGGGUGUGGCUUUUAGCACAUGUGGUGAGGGCGUCUCCUUUAGUUUGUGUUCAUGUUGUGCUGUGUGCAAGGGUGACGUCAGGGCCGACUGAGACUGAGACCCCCGAGCAAGUGGAGGUUUGGCCUAUUUGACAGAGCAACUCUCACACCAAGAAUGUUGUCCAUAAGAAAAGUGACAAAAACUGUUCUAAGCGUGGAACAGUCUGAGGGAGUUGGCGCCCGGGUCCGCAGGAGCAUUGGCAGAGCACAGUUAAGAAAUCUGGAUCCAUUUUUGUUGCUGGAUGAAUUUAAAGGAGGCAAACCUGCAGGCUUUCCCGACCACCCACACAGAGGAUUUGAAACCGUCUCCUACCUGCUGGAUGGAGGGUCAAUGGCACAUGAAGACUUUUGUGGACAUGUUGGGAGAUUGGAUCCUGGAGAUUUGCAGUGGAUGACAGCGGGCCGUGGUAUAGUUCAUGCCGAGAUGCCAUGCACAAUAGAGCCGGCACAUGGACUGCAGCUGUGGGUUAAUCUCAGAAGCACAGAAAAAAUGAUUCCGCCUCAGUAUCAAGAAUUGAAAUGCGCUGAUAUCCCCAAACCGUCGAAGGAUGGUGUCACCGUUUCUGUGAUUUCGGGGGAGAGCAUGGGCAUUAAGUCUAAAGUUUAUACCCGAACACCCACCCUGUACCUGGACGUCACGUUGGAGAAAAAUGCAAAGCACACUCAAGCAAUUCCUAAAGGCUGGACGGCUUUCAUCUAUACACUGUCUGGUGUAGUGUGUGUUGGACCACCUGAUGCUCAGCAGAAGAUUGAGGCACACCACACUGCAGUGCUUGAUGAUGGAGAUAGCGCUCACUUUGAGAACAAGGAUGAAGAUUUGAGCCGUUUUGUCCUGAUUGCUGGGGAACCAAUAAAGGAGCCAGUUAUACAGCACGGUCCAUUUGUAAUGAACACAAGAGAAGAAAUAACUAAAACAAUCGAGGAUUACAGUUUAGGAAUCAACGGGUUUGAGGGGGCUCACACAUGGCAGUCGAAGAUUGGAAACAAGUGAGGAGCCUGGCUGAGCAUUCCUGUCCUUUCAUCACCAGGGCAAAAUAAAAGUGUCACUUAUUUAUACUUCAUGGUGCAGGGCAAUUUACAGAGAGCAUGCUGUCAGGUUUUUUUUGUAUUUUUUUAUUUUCAUGUUAACUUUAAAUAUGUCUUUGAUCUUCUCAGUGUAUAAAAUACGUCAUUAAACAUGCAUAUUUAUCAGCUCAUACGGUAUAAUCAAAGCUGGCCAUACACGUAGCAAUAACAAUCUUUCCUGCGACCAUUGAUCGUUCGUUCCCUCCACUGACGUUCAGGGCUGAAUCAUCAGAUAUAUAGGUAGAAACAAUAGGGAUUCUACCUCCACCUGACAAUUCAGCCUUAAAUGCAGAUUUUUCUUGGGCGCCUUCAAUGGCGCCUGAUUAAAACCUUUUGUCCGAUUGACGAGACAACCAACAUCUGAAGCUUUUGUGAUAUCGAUCAUCUCGUCUAUCCACCAUACACGCACCGAAUAUCGUACAAAACUAGGUUUUGUAGGAUUCUAUCAGUGCGUAUGUGGCCAGCUGGCCAGCCAAACGAGUAGAUCUUUCGCCGAUAUGCCCACCUUGAGGGAUACAGGCAUCCAUGAGUCCAUGCGCUCCUCGUCCCAACAAAAUUCUUAAACCUGCCCGAUCAACAUCUAACCAUUUUUGGGCAAGUAUGGGUCAGGUAGGCCCAUCUGAUAUAUAGCCCAAUAAGGUUCUGACUUUGUCCAUUGGCAUGUUUUAUUGGCCCAUGUUUGGCCACCUUUACUUAUGCAUGCAAGUAUGUGCAUGGGCAGAAAGAAUUUAAAAGAAAGAAAAUACACUUUUACAAUAUACAGGGGAUAAUAUACCCCCUAUUGUCAUAUAUAAGGAUAUUAGAAGUUCACAUCACCAUAUAAAGGCACGAGGCUGAAGGCAGAGUGCUUUUACACAGGCUAUGGAAUUCCAAGGUGACUUCUAAUAUAAUGCCUUUAUAUAAUAUGUGUAAUACACAAGUUUAAGUGAGUCAUGUGACACACUACAUCACUAAGCACCAUUUAUAAGCAUAUCAUUUACAGGAUAUUCAUCUUUCUUGCAUAUUAUACAGUAAGGCACAAUACAGUAUGCACUGUCAUUUUUUAAUAAUGGUUCCAUUGUCCUAUCUUUUACUUUUUAAAGGUUUCUGCCUUGAAUUUUGGGGCUGUUUCUGUUUAAUACUAUUCUCCAAUAAAGCAAAUACAUACACCAUUUUCUUAUUAUACAACUGUUAUUCUUUGAGAUGAGAUGUGAAAGCAAAGCUAUGUUAUAUUGCAGAGGGGUUUCCCCCGGCAAUAGAUGCUGUUACACUGUAUAUUUACUUUGUAUAUUUGUGGACGAUCUGAUAUAUAAAAUACAAAAUAUAUAUAUAUAUAUAUAUAUAUAUAUAUAGAACAAA